AUGGAGCCGGCGAUGACAUCAUGGCUAGUGUAUGAUCUAGCCUCAUCAAUAAUCACCAUCCGGCGGCGAACGGAAUUAUAUGCACCCUGCUUCGGAAUUCUUCAAUACGAUAUCUAUGGACUGGACUCAACAACUUCGAAGAUAGCCACUAAGCACCCCUCUUGCGAUUGGCACAAUUACAUCACCCUAGAAUACACAUGUUCGAAAACACCACAUCCCAAGCAUUCUAGAUUCGCCGAACCCUGUAGGGCACAGGAGGAACUAUGCAAUCUUGGUUCAUCAAAAUUUACCCCUGGUCAUAUUGAUUACGAGUCUUCUCCGUUUGGUUCUAUUUCCGCUUUCUAUUCUCUUCAGUUCUUGCCUAAGCAGAGUCUUCUGCCUUACUUUGCACACGGCUAUAUCGACAUUGACCUGAGGCUCUUCGAAAGCCUGGCUAAGCCUGCUCCCGUGCCCAUCGAAGAAAGUUUGGAAUGGAGCCACUGUGUUUUCGGUGGGCAGGAGGACCUCAUACUCAGUCUAUCAAAUAUUCUAUAUCAGAGGCGAUAUGCCUACAUUUCUCUUCGCAUAGCUCGUAGAACUGAGCCCGGUGACAACUUUGCAAACUAUACUUUCGACGGCACCGGCAAGAAAGAAGUCUGGUACAUGCUGGUCGAUUGGAGUUUUGCGAGUGUGGUUGCAUAUGUAGUGGACUUACUGAGGACACUUGGAUCUGAGGUGGGGAGUUGGGAGAGGUUGGAAGAAUUGACUAUGAUGAAUCGGCGUACGGUAGGCGCUAGAAUUGAAAGAAUAGAGCCACAGCCUAUGUCUAAUUCCAUAUUCCACUUCAUUAAACUUGAUAAUGUAUUACCCGUAGGUGCGUUUGGGUCACUUACGGAUACACAUGUAAGUUCAUACCAUGCCUCUCUGAAUGUGUGGCUAAAGAGUGUAGAUUCUAUGGAUCUUCCACUAUUUCAGUCCGCGACCCAAGAAGUUUUUUAG